CAGCUGCUGUUAUUUUGGCGGGAACAGAGAACAAGUGUGAAAACUGCAAAGCUCCACUUUUCUGAAAAUCAAAGAAGAGAGAGAAAUGAGUUCGGCGUCAAUGGAUGCCACACUACCAGAUUUAGUGUGUCAACUCGACAACGUUCAAGGCUUUGUCGAUGCGCUCACCUCGGUUCGCUGGAAACGCCAUCAGGAUGCGGUGGUGGAAUUAUCGGAACACGGCGUCGUUUUGAUUGUUGAAGAGACUGGUUGUCUUCAAGCCAAGGUCUAUCUUCAAAAAGAGUUGUUUGUGAAUUAUGAGUAUACUGCUGAAGCACGGCCUCGAUUCGGGGUGAGUUUGGGGCUUUUGGUUGAUUGCUUGAAUACAUUCUCGGUUCCGGGACACUCGAGUACGAUUGAGCUUCGGUAUCCAGGCCCUGAUAUGCAGCUUCUACUCAAGUCUGUUGAUUCACUGGAUGCGUGCAUUUAUGCUGAGAUCAGAACAAGAAUCCCAGAUACUAUUUCGUGGGACUACAAUUUUGAACCUUUGGGUGCCACCCCUUUAAGCUUCACAGUGAAGUCUGCAGCUCUGAAAGAAGCCAUUGAUGAUCUGGAAUGGCCCGGCUCAAGCAUUAAAAUUACUGUACAGCCUACUCCUCCUUCUGUAACCUUUAGAGGUGAAGGUCAUGGUGAUCUACAGAUAGACUUCAUGUAUUACGUAAAUACUGACCUUUUGGCUGCUUUUAGCUGUGAUCAGGAAGUGUCUCAUCGGUACAAGUAUAAAUUUCUGCGGGCAACAACUUCAAAUAUACCAAGCAGUGUUGUCAAAGAUAACCGUGGAAGCAAAGUUACUGUUGGGAGAGGAGGGAUACUAAAAAUUCAGCAUUUGGUUUCCAUGGCAAGACCAGCACACUCACACAUAGAUUCUGCAGGUUAUCAGCCACCUAGCAGGAUAGCUUACAUAGAGUUCUUUGUCAAGCCAGAAGAAGUUGACAUUGAUUGAGUUCACUUUAUGCCCUUCAACAAUGACCACCUUCUGUUGUUCAUAAUUGCCACAGCUUAUGCUUCUUCAUCAAGGUUUCUAUCGUAAACUUUGACAGCUUUAUGUGCAGCAAUUCUUGUACAUUUUUUUUUUUUUGAAUCCAUCCUUGCUGUAUUGCCUGUAUGUGUGUUAAUGUGGCAUGAUCACAGCAUCAGUUCAGGUAAAAAGCAAACGUCAUCAUUGAGAUGCUUACUUACUGUAAAACUUACACCAAGGAAUAACUUGCCCAUUAAACAUGACCAUCUAAUCCAAGCCAUAUUAAAUUGUUAAAAGAACGGAAAUGUUAGAAUCUCAAUUGAUAAAUUUUGCAGAAUGGUUUGGAUGUAAUUGUAUAAAAUGUUUCUUGCAUUAUACAGAGUACUUCUAUGAUAAGAAAUUUUGUUUCUAAAGUUGUGAAUUUGGAAUGUAUUAUUUGGAAAUCGAAGUCUAGUAUUCCAAUGUGCUUUCUUUUUUUAAUUAUAAUGCUUUUUUAGUUUUUCACUUUGUAUUUGGAAGACUUUUUCCUGUUGUUUGAGCCAUAUUGUAACUUUAUCUAUCUUAAUAUACGCAUCUGAUUUGUUAUAGUGGGCCUACUCAUGAACACCGCUAAAUCGUUCAAUUUGAAACUGAUUGAUGAGAUUUGAACUUAUGACCUUGUCAAGAAGAUUUUAAAUGCCAUGUUGAUCCAAAGAUGAAAUCAACCAAAAGUGUAACCUUUUUCUUUUUAGGAAACCAGAAGACUCUAAUGGUUAGUAUCUGGAUUAGUUUUAUGUUUGCAGCUUAAUAUUUUUUCUCCUCCUAUUCUAAUUUAAAGUGAAGGGCAUCAAGGAGACUUCCAAUUUAUUAAGCUACCUUGAAAAUUUUCUUAGACUGCCUGUAGUAUGCUUAGUAUCUCUUCUGCAGAUUAUAAUAAGUUAAUGAAACAAUCAU